AACUCGGUUUUCCCACUGACCGGUUUGUGAAUCCAAACCGAACCGGCCGUCGACAGUCUUCCGCGAGACGUCUCGGCAAACCCCCCAAUUUUCUUCAGCCACGGGGCGGGAACUCUCCUACGAAAGCCUUCUUCCUCCAUCCGUUUGCGCUCUGGGAAGACGAAACAUCGCUCUGGGGAAACAAGAACAGUAGCCCUUUUAGCUUCGGCGAGCUCUCCGUCUGAAGAAGCUUCUCGGAGAAGCUCCUCUGGCCAGUAAUGGCUCGAAACAGGGAAGGCUUGGUGUUGUUGCUUGAUGUUGGCCCGUCGAUGCACCAUAUUUUACCUGAUGUCGAGAAACUCUGCUCGAUGCUUGUACAAAAGAAGCUAAUUUACAGCAAGUCCGAUGAAGUUGGGGUUAUUCUGUUCGGAACUGAAGAGACUGAAAAUGAGUUGACGAAGGAAGUGGGAGGAUACGAACAUGUGGUCGUUAUACAAAAUAUCAAAGUCGUUGAUAGAGAUGCUGUUCAAACUGUCAAGAAACUUGCUCGGGGGACUGUUUCUGGUGAUUUUCUUGAUGCUAUUGUUGUUGGGAUGGAUAUGCUUAUAAAGAAAUAUGGAGCAACUAACAAAGGAAAGAAACGGAUGUGUCUUAUAACUGAUGGUCUCUCUCCAAUUAAGGAUCCUUAUGAAGGAAGCAAAGAAGAUCAGGUUCACACCAUUGCUGGACAGUUCACUAAACAUGGAUUGAAGUUGGAAUGCAUAGUUUUUCGGGGGAAUCUUCCCCCUGAUGCUGAUGAGAAAAUAAUGGCUGAGAACGACCGCAUCUUGAAUUUAUUUCCGAGGGAAACACGUGCGAAGAUAAUUCAUGUUGAGAGUCCAACUUCACUAUUGGGUGCAAUUAGGACUCGGAAUAUAACUCCUGUCACAAUAUUCAGAGGUGAUCUUGAAAUCACUUCCGAGUUGAAAAUUAAGGUUUGGGUUUACAAAAAGACGUCAGAAGAGAAGUUCCCCACUUUGAAAAAGUAUUCCGAUAAAGCACCUCAAUUCGACAAGUUUGCUAAGCAUGAAGUCAAGGUAGACUAUGAAUACAAAAGCUAUGAUGGAAGCAGCAAAGUUGUGCCCCCAGAUCAAAGAAUUAAAGGUUACCAAUAUGGACCUCAUGUAGUUCCUAUAUCUUCUGAUGAAUGGGAUGCGGUCAAGUUCAAACCGGAAAAGGGUGUAAAGCUUUUAGGAUUCACAGAUGCGUCAAAUAUCAUGAGGUAUCAUUACAUGAAGGAUGUGAACAUAUUCAUCGCUGAACCCGGCAACAUGGGGGCAACUGUUGCAAUUUCCGCUUUAGCUCGAGCAAUGAAGGAAAUGGAUAAGGUUGCCAUCUUGCGCUGUGCUUGGAGACAAGGUCAAAGAAAUGUAGUAAUUGGGGUGCUAACACCAAAUGUCUCUGACAGUGAUAUCAUUCCCGAUUCAUUCUAUUUCAAUGUACUUCCAUUUAAUGAGGACAUUAGAGAAUUUCAAUUUCCUUCCUUCGGCAAUCUUCCAACUUCUUUGCAGCCCAAUGAAGAUCAGCAGAAGGCUGCAGAUAACUUUGUAAUGAUGCUUGAUCUUGGACCAUCUGAUGAUCAUCAGGAAAUAUUGUCACCUGAUUUUACUCCAAAUCCUGUCCUUGAGCGAUUCUACAACUGCCUUGAUUUGAAGGCACAGAACCCAGAUGCAAAGGUGCCUCCGCUCGAUAAAACCCUCAAGAAAAUAACUGAACCUGACCCUGAACUUUUUGUGCGCAACAAGUCUGUUAUCAAUGCGUUCAGGAGGCACUUUGAAGUCAAGCCUAAUCCCAAGCUGAAGAAGUCAUCCAGGAGAUUCGUGCGAGAGAAACCAUCUGGUUCAGAUGAUGAAAAGGAAUAUAAUGGCAUUUCAGCAUCAACUGCAGCGGAUGCCACCGACAGCAAAACUGCAGUUAAGGUUGAGAAAAUUGGGAACUUGACCCCUGUCCAAGAUUUUGAAGCGAUGAUGUCAUGCAGAGACAGCCCUGAGUGGGUCAACAAAGCCAUCAAAGAUAUGAGUAAUAAAAUUUAUGACCUAGUUGAGGAUUCCUUAAAUGGGGAUAAUUAUCCUAAAGCCAUGGAGAUGCUGAUGGCCCUUCGCAAGGGUUGUAUCCGUGAGCAAGAGCCUAAACAGUUCAACGAUUUCAUGCGCCUUCUUUGCGGAUUCUGCCAGAAGAAUGAUCUCCAAAGUUUCUGUGAUAUGCUUGCUUCGGAAGGGCUUACACUUAUCUCCAAGACAGAAGCCGCAGACAGUGACGUCUCGGAUGAAGAAGCUCGCUGCUUUCUCGUUAAGAAAGAACCCAAGACUGAAUGAGCAUGUGAUCUGUGUUAGGUGUCCCUUUUUGCUCUUUUGCAAUGAUGUACAUAAGCAACUGGCUGUUCAUGGAGGAUUGAGUGGAAUUCUCUUGGGCGAGCAGGCCUGGGUAUUUUGGUUUUGGCAGGCUUGUCUCGGGUUGAUUGACCUAGUCAUAUAGUACAUAGGGUGGUAUUUCGAUAUGUUCAAUCGCUAUAAAAUCGAAAACCUUCUGUCCCUUUUUGAGAUGGGAUUUGGGCUGUUGAUGCUCGACUAUGUUUCUCCUCCUGAUCUCAAUGGAUUUUAUUUUUAUAUGGUGAAGAAGCUGGUGAAUGAGAAGUUACUCGAAGGUUUUGAUUUCA